GCAGGGAGAGAAGAAAGCCGAGGCAUAAAAGCUGGAAGAAUCUUUGAAGAAACAACAGCCAGGCAGCCGGGGAGGCAAAGGGCAGGCUGCCCAGAGGCCACUUUUCCUUCUUCCGAGAGUUUACAGCGGGGAGUUUCCUGUCGGUGCGGCUCGCCUCGAUUGUCUCCUGCAAACGCGUGGACCGCGCGAAGUCCAGAACCGGCGCCGGGGCGGGGAGGGGGGGGGCGGCUCGGACGGGCUAUUUCUGCCGAGUUUUGCCGCCAGCGCCCCCAGCUCUGUCACCCCCGCCGUGAUGUGGCUCUCCCGCGGCGUUGAGCUCCAACUUUUCUGAAUGUUUUUUUUUUUCCCCCGGAGCGGGAAUAGCGUAGCAAAAUCAGCAGUUGGGGUAAGCAAUAGUGGGGUGUGGAUGUUUUCCCUGUUGAAGGAAAUAUUCUUGUAACGUCCCAAGAUUCUCUGCUGCUGGCUCUGCUUCCAAGCGGCUUGUCUUUAUGGAUAUGGUGUAGAUGUUAAAAAGAACGAGGUAUAUGCUGUAAAUCCAGGACAUGCGGGAUCGACGACGAGAUGCUUCCUUGUUUAUAUGAAGUGUGUAUCCAGAAAACAUUGGCUCUGAAAGAGUUCAGAAAGAAGUAAAUCAAGUUGGUGCAUAGUGAGUCAUUGGCUCAGCUUGAAAGUGCUUUCAUGACUUGACACUGGGCCCACAUUCACUUUUAAUUCCCUGCAGCCGAGCAAUCUGCAGCUGAGCAAUGGGCCAAAAAAUCUCAGGGAGCAUAAAGUCUGUGGAUGUUCGGGAUCCCCCGUAUAGACCAGUUAAACGAGAACUGAGGGGACCAGAUUUCUGCAAGCCUGCACGAUUGGAUAUGUUGCUGGAUAUGCCCCCAGCCCUCUUGGAGGUCCAGUACAAACAUGCUUGGAACAAUGAAGAUCGAUCCUUAAAUAUAUUUGUGAAGGAAGAUGACAGACUAACUUUUCAUAGACACCCGGUUGCCCAAAGCACAGAUUGCAUCAGAGGAAAAGUUGGCUAUACAAGGGGACUGCACGUUUGGCAGAUUCACUGGCCCACCAGGCAACGAGGAACACAUGCUGUAGUUGGGGUCUCAACAGCAGAAGCGCCUUUGCAUUCUGUAGGAUAUACAUCACUGGUUGGUAGCAAUAGUGAAUCGUGGGGCUGGGACCUUGGACGGAACAAACUUUAUCACAACUGCAAAAACCAGCCUGGAGUAACCUAUCCUGUGUUUUUGGAACCAGAUGAGUCUUUUGUACUUCCAGACUCCUUAUUGGUGGUUUUGGAUAUGGAUGAAGGAACCCUUAGCUUCAUCGUGGAUGGACAAUACCUUGGAGUGGCCUUCAGGGGCUUAAAAGGGAAAAAACUGUAUCCUAUAGUCAGUGCAGUGUGGGGGCACUGUGAAAUUACAAUGAGAUAUAUCAACGGGCUUGAUCCUGAACCUCUACCUUUAAUGGAUCUGUGUCGAAGAUCAAUUCGCUUUGCUCUGGGAAGAGAACGCCUGCAUGAUAUAGAAACUCUACCUUUGCCUCAGUCUCUGAAAAAUUAUUUACAAUAUCAGUAAUAUGAUUCUAGAUCUCUAAAUGGUAGAAAUUGUUUACAUCAGAAUAUAAAUCUUCAUGGUGGAUAUUUUGAGUGUUAUUUAAUUAUUUUUUACAUUUUUUAAAAUCAACCAUGGCAAAAGAUUAUGGAGACUACUAAGAAAUGUGAAAACGUUGAAUUGAUUUAGUUCUUUCAGUAGAAUAAUUGUUGCCUAUACUGUUACACAGCCUCGUUAUGCAGAAUCCAAAGCUUGUUUUCACAGGUAAGAGCUGAAUGUGAAAUGUGUGUUAGGCUAGACCUGAUGUUGGAUGUCUACCUGAUGUGCAAGAAAUGCAAAUAUAACUCCCCAAAGCAGUGUUCAUGCAAGGAAGAUAUUCUUUUGUAUAGGUCACAGUAUCAGCAUGUAAAAGAAAUAAUCACUGUUUGGUGUUUUCCAAAACUCUGGAACAUAAUAUGCCAAACAAUUAGAGUUUCUGUAAUAUCAAUUAUGAUGCAACGUUCCUUAUUCAUGGGAUCUCUUUCUCAUUUUGGAAGGAGAAUGCUCCAGGGAACACAUCACAUUCUAGCGUGCACCAUAGGAAGACAUGGGGGAUCCUUGUGCACAUGGAACAUAGGAGCUGCAUUGGAACUACAAGAUUGUGGCCUCUUACAUUUAGGUGCUCAGACUUUUCAGAAAAUAAUGCUCUUGGUAUAAUAUACUGCCUGCCAUAUUUUAACUUACUUUAUUGAAGAAGGUAGUUGAUCUUGUUUUCCAAAGCAACUCGGCUCAAUCUGCAAAUUAGUUAAGUUAGCUGACUUUCUUAAACUGCUUUUGGUCUUAUAUCUUCAGUAGGAUGGAAUUUGCUCAGAUCAGUCUUUCCCAGCUUAUGACUGAUUAAGCUAAAUAUUAGUUCUUGUUUGGUAUUCUGGUGCAGACCUAUUUUAUUUUGCAAAUAUCAUGCUGCUUUUUCAUUCUUGACCACAUUUUUUUUUAACUUUUUAAGUUCCAAAUACCAGAUUUCCUUUAAUGUGCCUAUGGCAUAAGAGGGUUUGAAUUAACCCACUUCAUGCAUACAUGCAGAGAUUCCAGAGCUCAAAAGUUAGCCAUGCCCUCUGCCAG